GUUCAAUUCUGUCCGUCGCACCAAAGUACUUCUCUCUACCUUGCAGACUACUUGCAUUUCUGCUACAAGCCCCAAGAUCAUCACCAUGGCUUCAGAACAACACUCAGAAAACACGCUCCCCAAGCUUAAACGCUUCAUCACCACCCACGACCCGAAAACCAAAAAGGCUAUCUUCUCAGACGCGAUCUCCGAGGACAACAAAUUCGACGCCAUCCCAGGCGCGGCAUUCGGUCUAGGAUACGUUACCAAGACAUUCCCCGUUGACCUAAACAACGACGCAGACAUCAAUGCAUACAAACCCUACCUCUCAAGCCCCCCAGGCCUCGUCGCGACCGGAGGUACAGUACUGCGCUUCGUAGACGUAGCACCUGGCCAUCUAUCGCCCAUGCACCGCACAGUCUCGCUUGACUACGGCGUAGUCAUCGAGGGAGACAUUGAGCUUGUGCUGGACUCAGGAGAGACGAGGGAUUUGAAGAGGGGAGAUGUCGCGAUUCAGAGAGGGACGAUGCAUGCGUGGAGAAACAAGAGUGAUACUGAGUGGGCGAGGAUGAUGUAUGUGCUGCAGGAAUGCAAGCCGGUAGAGGUUGAGGGCGAGGUUUUGAAGGAGGAUUAUGGUACUAUGAAGGGUGUUCCCAAGUCGUCGUAGAAGUAUACUAGAAUUCAUGAUGAACUGCUCCUCUGAA